AACUGGCGUCUACAUUUCUUUCUCCGUCUCACCUAUUUUUUGUCACUAGGUGUUAUGGCUUCUUCACAGAUGCCCAUCAAAUUUCAGGAACAUUUGCAGUUAGUUAAUGUUGGAAUACAGCCUAUCAACAUAGGAUUUAGUACUUUGACUAUGGAAUCGGAUAAGUUUAUUUGUGUCAGAGAAACUACAGGUGAGACGUCACAAGUUGUAAUUAUUGAUAUGAAUGAUCCAAUGAAUCCUACUCGUCGUCCUAUUUCUGCCGAUACAAUAAUAAUGAACCCCGUAAGCAAGGUAAUGGCUCUAAAAGCUGGGAAGUUGUUACAAAUUUUCAACAUCGAACUGAAAAGCAAAAUGAAGACAUACACCAUGCCAGAAGAUGUCGUAUUUUGCAAGUGGAUAUCCGUGAACACCAUUGCACUCGUAACUGGCACAAGCGUUUAUCACUGGGCUAUGGAUGGUGAUUCAAAUCCAGUCAAGAUGUUUGAUCGUCACCAGUCUCUGACGUCUACUCACAUCAUAAGCUAUCGUUGUGACCCAAGUCAGAAGUGGUUGCUGCUUAUCGGAAUAAAUCCAGAAAAGAACCGAGUCGUUGGAUAUAUGCAGUUGUACAGCGUGGAGCGCAAAGUUAGUCAAGCGAUAGAGGGCCAUGCCGCUGCAUUUGCUCUUUACACACGUGAGAGGAAAGCCAGUCCCACCACGUUGUUUUGUUUUGCCUCACGAAAUGCUCAAGCGAGCAAAUUACACAUAAUUGAAGUUGGCCAACCACCUGCAGGGAAGCAACCAUUUACUAAGAAAGCUAUUGAUGUUUACUUCCCACCAGAAGCUGAGACCGACUUUCCUGUUGCAAUGCAGACCUCGCCAAAGUACAGCGUCAUAUACUUGAUAACGAAAAGCGGGUACUUACACCUUUAUGAUAUUGAAAGCGGAUCAUGUAUAUAUAUGAAUCGGAUAAGCAGCGAGACUAUUUUCGUAACAGCUCCCUAUGAACCAACUUCCGGUAUCAUUGGGGUUAAUAAGAAAGGGCAGGUAUUAUCCGUCAGUAUCGAUGAAGAUACUAUCAUCAGUUACAUAACCACUACAUUGGAAAACCCUACACUUGCACUCCAAAUGGCUUCCAGAUGCAAUCUUCCUGGUGCAGAAGAUUUGUUUUUCAAAAAAUUCGAUUCUCUUUUUCAAUCCGGUGAUUUUAUACAAGCUGCGGAGUUAGCAGCUAAUGCACCCAAAGGUAUUUUGCGCACUCCACAGACAAUUCAACGUUUUCAACAGAUGUCAACUGUAGCACCAUCGGCCCUGUCGCAUUAUUUUGGAAUUCUACUUGACCAAGGUCAACUUAACAAGUUCGAAAGUCUGGAGGUUUGUAAACCAGUUUUACAACAUAAAAGGAAAUCGUUGUUGGAAAAGUGGUUGAAGGAGGACAAAUUAGAAUGUUCAGAGGAGUUAGGCGAUCUUGUUAAGCAGGCGGAUCCUACAUUAGCUUUGUCUGUCUAUCUAAGGGCCAAUGUCCCACCAAAGGUUGUACAAUGUUUUGCGGAAACUGGCCAGUUUCAGAAAAUCAUCGUUUAUGCAAAGAAGGUCGGCUACACACCAGAUUAUAUUUUUCUGUUACACAAUCUAACUCGUAUCAACCCAGACCAAGGUUUGCAGUUCGCCCAAAUGUUGGUUCAGGAUCAAGAACCUUUAGUUGAUUUAGAACAAGUUGUAAAAGCGUUUAUGGAUCAAGGUUUGGUGCAACAAUGUACAUCAUUCUUACUGGAUGCAUUAAAGCAUAAUCGACCUUCUGAGGGACAUCUCCAGACUCGUCUAUUAGAAAUGAAUCUGAUGUCAGCACCUCAGGUUGCGGAUGCAAUUUUGGGCAACCAAAUGUUUUCGCAUUAUGAUCGGGCAGCUAUUGCUCAGUUGUGUGAGAAAGCGGGGUUGUUGCAGCGGGCUUUGGAACACUAUACUGAUCUUUACGACAUCAAACGGGCUGUCGUAAAUACACAUUUAUUAAAUCAUGAGUGGCUUGUCAAUUAUUUUGGCUCACUUUCUGUCGAUGAUUCGUUGGAGUGUUUGAGAGCUAUGUUGCAGGCAAACAUUAGACAAAAUCUCCACGUCUGUGUCCAGAUUGCUACUAAGUAUCACGAACAGUUGGGGACAAAUGCGCUUAUCGAAAUUUUCGAAUCAUUCAAAUCAUUUGAAGGCUUGUUUUAUUUUUUGGGGUCUAUUGUUAAUUUUAGUCAAGAACCUGAAGUUCAUUUUAAAUAUAUUCAAGCUGCCUGUAAAACCGGACAAGUCAAAGAAGUUGAACGUAUUUGUCGCGAAAGCAAUUGUUAUGAACCAGAACGAGUUAAAAAUUUUCUUAAGGAGGCAAAACUUACGGAUCAAUUACCUCUUAUUAUUGUCUGCGAUCGCUUCGAUUUUGUUCAUGAUCUCGUCCUUUAUUUGUUUCGUAAUAAUUUGCAGAAAUACAUUGAAAUUUAUGUACAAAAAGUUAAUCCAGCCCGUUUACCAGUAGUUGUUGGAGGUCUUUUAGAUGUUGAUUGUUCAGAGGAUAUAAUAAAGCAGUUGAUGGCCGUUGUUCGUGGUCAGUUCAAUACUGAUGAACUUGUUGCAGAGGUGGAAAAGCGCAAUCGGCUGAAGUUAUUACUGCCAUGGCUUGAAUCACGUGUACAUGAAGGUUCUGUUGAACCUGCUACACACAAUGCCCUAGCAAAGAUUUACAUUGACCUUAAUAACAAUCCUGAACGUUUCUUGAGAGAAAAUCAGUAUUAUAAUAGCUCUGUUGUCGGUAAAUACUGUGAAAAGCGUGAUCCACAUUUGGCGUGUAUUGCAUAUGAACGUGGACAUUGUGACCAAGAUCUAAUCAGAGUUUGCAAUGAAAACGCAUUAUUCAAAACUGAAGCUCGUUACUUAGUUAGACGGAAAGAGCCCGAGCUGUGGGCAGAAGCUUUGAGUGAAUCCAAUAGUUACCGUCGACAAUUAAUUGAUCAAGUUGUUCAGACAGCACUUUCUGAAACCCAAGAUCCUGAAGAGAUAUCCGUUUCUGUUAAGGCAUUUAUGGCUGCGGAUAUGCCGAAUGAACUAAUUGAACUUCUGGAAAAAAUAGUUUUGGACAAUUCAGUAUUUUCUGAUCAUCGCAACCUUCAAAAUCUUUUAAUUCUAACUGCAAUUAAAGCUGAUAAAAGUCGUGUAAUGGAAUACAUUAAUCGCUUGGAUAAUUAUGAUGCUCCAGAUGUUGCUAACAUAGCCAUAAAUAAUUCUCUCUUUGAAGAAGCGUUUGCCAUUUUCAAGAAAUUUGAAGUCAACACAUCCGCUAUACAGGUUUUGAUUGACCAUGUCAAAAAUUUUGAUAGGGCCUAUGAAUUUGCUGAACGUUGUAAUGAUCCAGCUGUCUGGAGUCUUCUAGCGCAUGCUCAGUUAGCUCAAGGUUCCAUAAAAGAAGCCAUUGACUCAUACGUGAAAGCGUCUGAUCCUAGUCGAUUCCAAGCAGUUUCCGAAGCUGCUUCGAAUUCUGGUAAUUGGGAAGAUUUAGUUCGUUAUCUUCAAAUGGCAAGAAAGAAAGCCCGUGAGACGUUUAUUGAGUCAGAGCUCGCCUUCGCCUAUGCAAAGACUAAUCGUUUGUCAGAUCUUGAAGAGUUCAUUUCAGGACCAAAUCAUGCCAAUAUCACUGUUGUAGCCGAUCGUUGUUUUGACCAACAACUAUACGAGGCAGCUAAGAUAUUAUAUUCGAACGUUAGCAACUAUUCCCGCCUAGCAAUAACUUUGGUUCACUUAGGUGAGUAUCAGGGAUCUGUGGAUGCUGCUCGAAAAGCAAAUUCAACACGCACUUGGAAAGAAGUAUGUUUCGCUUGUGUAAAUCACAAUGAAUUUCGUUUGGCUCAAAUGUGCGGUCUACAUAUUGUUGUACAUGCAGAUGAAUUAGGCGAUCUUAUUAAUUACUAUGAACAACGUGGUCACUUUGAUGAACUUAUUCAACUUUUAGAAGCUGGUUUAGGUUUGGAACGGGCACAUAUGGGAAUGUUCACUGAGCUGGCAAUAUUGUAUUCAAAGUUUAAGCCAGAGAAAAUGCGGGAACAUUUGGAGCUUUUCUGGUCUCGUGUCAAUAUUCCAAAGGUUCUUCGUGCUGCCGAACAAGCCCAUUUAUGGUCGGAGUUGGUAUUUCUUUAUGAUAAGUAUGAAGAGUAUGAUAAUGCGAUUCUUACAAUGAUGAGCCAUCCAACUGAAGGAUGGAGAGAAAAUCAUUUCAAAGACUUAAUAACACGAGUUGCUAAUGUAGAAUUAUAUUAUAAAGCGAUCCAAUUCUACUUGACUUACAAACCGCUGCUUUUAAAUGAUUUACUCACGGUCUUAUCACCACGUUUGGACCAUACACGUGCAGUAAAUUUCUUCAUCAAGGCAGGGCAUAUUGCUCUAGUUAAAACUUAUUUGCGGUCUGUUCAACAAAAUAACGCAAAUAAUAAAUCAGUCAACGAGGCUUUAAACGAUUUGUUAAUCGAAGAAGAAGAUUAUCAAGGUUUAAGGCAAUCUAUUGAAACUCAUAGUAACUUUGAUCAUAUUGCGUUGGCUCAACAGUUAGAGCGUCAUGAACUCAUUGAAUUCCGUCGUCUUGCUGCUUUACUGUUUAAAGGUAGUAAUCGGUGGAUGCAAAGUAUCGACCUAUGUAAACGUGAUCAGUUGUAUUCUGACGCCAUGCAAUAUGCCUGGGACUCUCGGGAUCCUGAGACAGCUGAGGAAUUGCUUCGUUGGUUCCUUUCUGAAAAUCUUCCAGAUUGUUUUGCAGCCUGUCUCUACCGUUGUUACGAUCUACUGCGUCCAGAUGUUGUCUUGGAACUUGCUUGGCGCAAUGGACUUAUUGACAUGGCUAUGCCAUUCUUAAUUCAGACUUUGAGAGAAUUAACAAUAAAAGUAUAUUGUGUAUUGAUAAAUUUUUCUAUGUUUCGAUUGCUUUGUUUUAUUUAUUGUUUCUUUCAAUUGUUAAAACCGUUGUCUCUUAAAUUCACUUUUUUAUGGCGCCUAUUUCAUUGAGGAAUUAUUGAUAAAAGAAGUAUUGAAAUAGGUGGUAGUAUUUAUAAAAACACUGUGUAUAAGUAGCCAAAAUUUCAUUUCCUUGCUAAUUUUUCAAUCAGGUGGAUCGUCUAGAACGCUCCGAACAAACACGUGCUGCGGAGGAAGAGAAAGCUGAACAGGCAGUUAAUCCGCUAGUGAUGCGUAAGUUUUUUCCUGAAAUUGUUCUGUGAACUUCUAUAAUUGAUAUUACUUAAGAGUAUCCUAAUAAACCACAGAAAAUCAAGAAUCAGUUCUUAACUGAAGAUAGUAAUUUUUAGGCUAAUUCAAAUUUUUAACAUAUUUUAUUUCCUUAUUUAGGAACUGAACCUCAGCUAAUGUUACCAGGACCAGCAGGAUCUAUGCCAGCUGCCUUGGUCCCACCAGCGGGCGCAGCGAUUGGGAUGUUUGGAGUUACUGGCCCACAAAUGUAUUAUCAAACAAACGGACCAUCUUUUUAAAAUGGUUUUUAUCCAUUGUGAUACAUUAAACAUGUUAUCAGACUGUUAUCUGUUUAUUACUUAUAUGAUUUUUUCUUUAGCCGAAAUGUGCUGGUUUCCUGUUUUAAAGUUUAAUCUAUCUGCCAAAAUUUCAAACUAUUGAUAAUUGGUUGUAAAAGGUGGGUUUUUAAUCAAAAUUUCCAUGUUUAUGACCAUGUUGAUAGUCUCAAACUUGCUUAAAUAGUUUAUUUUCUACUGGUUCUGAAACUCAGUGCUUUCUUUGAUUAGUGAUUGGGAAACUACAAAACAUGAUUAUCUACAAAUUGUAUAGUAUUACUAUAUAUCAACGUUAAAUAGCUUGUAAUUGAUGAAGUCAUGAGAAUCUCAACUUUUGAUAUGGUUGAGUGCUAUACGGAUUCCUGUUUGAAUUGUUUUGCUUCAGUGAUUUCCAUUCAUUCGCUAUUAAUCAACGUAAAUGCUGAAUGGAUUGUGCAAAAGUUGUUAAUUUUAAAAAUUCUACCGAAUGUUAUUUUUAACGACGAGUGGUCAUGUAUGGAACCGAUAACGAAAAUCAAUGUAUGCUGCAUGGCUUUUCUAUUGUAGAUAUCACUACUUGUCAGAUGACCGAAUUUAUUUUGUUACCUUGAUGUGAUUGUACUAGGUUUUUAAUUAAUCUCCAUUAAGCGGCUGAUAUUUUCAGUGCGGAUGGACUCAGUGCGAUAUAACUUGGGCUUCUAUAUCACAUAGAACAAUUAUAUUAAUUUUCCUUUAUGCUUUCUGGUUGUCAGCGACCUUAAAAAUAUAGCUUGUAAACAUCUAGAUAAGUAAUGUGCCAAAUCGAAUUCACAUGACAAAAUUUUAAUGCCUCAUAAUGUGUGUAUUUAAUUGGAUGUAUCAUGCUAAACCGUCAAUAACAAGAAAAUUCUAACUCAUUAUACAAUCAUAGCUGAUGCUAUGCUCUACGGAUUCACACAAGUAAUAAGUGGUACAUCCUGGUUUGAAGCACUUAGGUCUUAGCGUAAUAGUAUCUCAUCAUCCUCACUGCGUUCUCAAGUUUUGAGUUAACCAUGUUAUUUUCGUAAAUUUGUUAACGUUAGGAUUUUUGUGUGUAUAAAUGAGGACAGGAAAUUUGAAAGUUCUGAACUUUUGUAAUCAACAGAAGUUUACUUACAAUUAUAGUCUUUACAAAAUAGUUGUUCUCCUCAUUGUUUUUUUCCGAAACCAUUAUCUACCCAUUCGAAGCGAUUUUAUUUUUAUUACAUCGUUCACUUUUUAAUAGCUUGAUCUUAUAUAUAUGUGCUUCGGCAGUUAUUUCAAAAUGGUACUCUUGUUUUUCAUAUUUUUUUCCUUUCUUAGGUGUCUCUUCCUCUCCAAUUAAAGAGUACUCAACAGAGAUGCAGCCUUCUCAAAUGAUCAAUUUUUAAAAUUUGUAGUAAACGUAAUUAUGUAGCGUAAUCAAACCGUUCAUUGGUCAACGGUUAAGAUAUGUUUCAUAUAUCAUUAUUGUAUUAAUAUGAUUGUCAUAUGUUUGUGAUUGUUUCUCUGAAUAUGUUAGUAUAAGCAAAUUCUAAACGUUUCUCAGCUUCAAAAUUAAUGUAUUCUCGUUCGAAUGAGGGAACGUCUAUUCAUUCCAUUUAUGUCCAGUUUUUUGUCCAAUUCAUCAAAUCAUUGUUGCAACUAUUUCAUUACUUAUUUAUUCAUAAUAAUUGCUCUUAUUGUAAUUUUUUUCUUCGUAGGUCAUUUUUUGUUUUUUCUUUCUCAAUGGUGUCUAUCACCCACCUUUUUUUAAAAAAUUCGUGUGACGCGUUAUAGGGAUGCUCACGUUCAUCAUUAUAUUUAUUAUCCUUUGGAACUUGAACAAGUAGUAAAUUACUCAAUAUACUUGAAAUUGAAUAUCACUGUUUGAGAACUUAUUAAUUCGUCUGUAUUUAUAAUCUAAAGGUACUCAUAUACAUCUGAUAUUAUCCACUUAUAAUGAAGUCUCUCAUCAGGAAAUAUAUAUGAUUUCACAGUUUUG